CGCAUCGCCUGGCUUUGGACUCAAAUUCACAUUGAGAGAAGCUUUUAAAACCACCAGCCCUGAAAUCCUGCCUCCUGCUUUCCCCCCUCUUUCAUUCCUUUCGCCUUCCUUUUCUUUUUCCCCCUUUCUUCCCCCAGCAGCAACUCCAGAGCCGAGAGCCUGCGUCCCGGGACCGACUGCCUUUUCUUAAUUGAUACAAUAGCCCAGCUCGGGUUUUCACCUCCUCCCCCAACCCCACCCCGCCUCACCCCUCCCGCCGCCGCCGCCGCCGCCGCCCCAGCGCUCGCCCGGGGCUCUGUCGCCGGCCGCGUCCCAUCCCGGCCGCGGUCCGCCGGCUCCGCGCUCGCGCUCCGGCAGCCGCGCCGCCUCGUCCGCUCGGCCCGCUGCGGGGGUGCGGCGGCCGCUCGGGGGCUCAGGCGCGCCGCCCCGGGCAGCCCGGGACGCUGGGCUCCGGCCUCUCCGCUCGCCUCGGCUGGGGAGUCUUCCCCCGCGGCCCCCCAAGUUCCUGGGUUCGUUGGAAUUUUUGGAUUCAGGGUACUUCCCCCUUUUUUUCCACCUAGGAAUUUGAGGGGGAAACUUUUGACCAGUCCAUCGCACUUUCUUUCCGCUACCUCUCUUCCCCUCCCCGCCUUUUUUUUUUUUUCCUGAGCAGGGGAAGGGGCUUACAAGAGAGGCUCCCGCUGGACAAAGUUUUCCAAAGUUUUCCGAGUGUGAUGGUUGCGGGGAGAGCUAGUCCACCGGCUUGACUCACGGCUUCAUCUCACCGCCCCUCGAGCAGCCCCUAAGUCCGCUAUAAGGGAACAAACAAACAAACAAACAAACAAAGUUACACUCCGAGUCGCCUCGUGUCUCCUCUCUCUCUUCUAGGCAUUUUUUUUCCUCCCGCUCUCCGCUCCCCUCGAAGCCUCCACUCCCCUUCCCUCGGCCCCCUUCCUUCUUUUCUGUUUCGGCUGGAGGUGCCAGGACCCCCGGCCGCAGUCUCCCCUCCCCCGCCGCUCGCGUCCCUUGUCGCCCGGCCCUCCCCUCCCCCGACGCGGCCGGCACAGCCAAUCCCCCGAGCGGCCGCCAACAUGCUCUUUGAGGGCUUGGAGCUGGUGUCGGCGCUGGCCACCCUCGCCGCGUGCCUGGUGUCGGUGACGCUGCUGCUGGCCGUGUCGCAGCAGCUGUGGCAGCUGCGCUGGGCUGCCACUCGCGACAAGAGCUGCAAGCUGCCCAUCCCCAAGGGCUCCAUGGGCUUCCCGCUCAUCGGAGAGACCGGCCACUGGCUGCUACAGGGUUCGGGCUUCCAGUCGUCACGGAGGGAGAAGUACGGCAACGUGUUCAAGACGCACUUGCUGGGGCGGCCGCUGAUCCGCGUGACAGGCGCGGAGAACGUCCGCAAGAUCCUCAUGGGUGAGCACCACCUCGUGAGCACCGAAUGGCCGCGCAGCACGCGCAUGCUGCUGGGCCCGAACACAGUGGCCAACUCCAUCGGAGACAUCCACCGCAACAAGCGCAAGAUAUUCUCCAAGAUCUUCAGCCACGAGGCUCUGGAGAGCUACCUGCCCAAGAUCCAGCUGGUGAUCCAGGACACGCUGCGUGCCUGGAGCAGCCGCCCCGAGGCCAUCAAUGUGUACCAGGAGGCACAGAAGCUCACCUUCCGCAUGGCCAUCCGCGUCCUCCUGGGCUUCAGCAUCCCCGAAGAGGACCUCGGGCACCUCUUCGGGGUCUACCAGCAGUUUGUGGAGAACGUGUUCUCCCUGCCUGUCGACUUGCCCUUCAGUGGCUACCGGCGGGGCAUUCAGGCACGACAGACCCUGCAGAAGGGCCUGGAAAAGGCCAUCCGGGAGAAACUACAGUGCACGCAGGGCAAGGACUACUCAGACGCACUGGACAUCCUCAUUGAGAGCAGCAAGGAGCACGGGAAGGAGAUGACCAUGCAGGAGCUGAAGGACGGGACUCUGGAGCUGAUCUUCGCUGCCUACGCCACCACGGCCAGCGCCAGCACGUCGCUCAUCAUGCAGCUGCUGAAGCACCCGGCUGUGCUGGAGAAGCUUCGGGAGGAGCUGCGGGCCCACGGCCUCCUGCACAGUGGCGGCUGCCCCUGCGAGGGUACGCUGCGUCUCAACACCCUCAGCGGCCUGCACUACCUGGACUGCGUCAUCAAGGAGGUCAUGCGCCUCUUCACGCCCAUUUCUGGCGGCUACCGCACCGUCCUGCAGACCUUCGAGCUCGACGGUUUCCAGAUCCCCAAAGGAUGGAGUGUCAUGUACAGCAUCCGGGAUACUCAUGACACAGCUCCUGUGUUCAAAGACGUGAACGUAUUUGACCCUGACCGCUUCGGUCAGGCUCGGAGCGAAGACAAGGACGGCCGAUUCCACUACCUCCCUUUCGGCGGCGGUGUCCGGACCUGCCUGGGCAAGCACCUGGCCAAGCUGUUCCUGAAGGUGCUGGCGGUGGAGCUGGCCAGCACGAGCCGCUUUGAGCUGGCCACCCGGACCUUUCCCCGAAUCACCUUGGUCCCUGUCCUGCACCCCGUGGAUGGCCUCAGUGUCAAGUUUUUUGGCCUGGACUCCAACCAGAACAAGAUCCUGCCAGAGACGGAGGCCAUGCUGAGUGCCACAGUCUAACAGGGCCUGGCCCAUACCCCCCGCCUCAGCCCGGCCAGGCCCUGGGGUGGGAGGCAACUAAGGGUAGAAACCUGUGUGUGGGAGGGGCUGGAGCCUGCGGAAGGAGAAGCAGCCCCAUACCUUGCCCUCCCAUUUUUCUUUCCCUGGCAAACCCUACCCAAAGCCAAAAGGGUCUCCGUUUUUCUGGGGCACUGAUGGGGGCCCUCCUGGCUCCUGCUUCUCCCAGUCUCUCUCCAGUCUCCACCAGCUUAGCUCCUGGGACAGAGCAUGGCCGGGGGCUCCUCAUGCCCAUUACAGUGUUAAACGUCAGUCAGCUCACGCUGAAGCAUUUGCUUAUGAUGUUCCCGAUUGGUCCCUCCCCUCCCAUUUCAUUUGGACCCUUGUAGUUUGAGGUCAAGUAGUUGACAUGGGGGGUGGAAGGAAGAGUUGGCCCCUGCAGCACCCCUCCCCCUCCUGCCUCUGCUCGGACUGAGGCAGGUUCCCCUCCCAGCGUUGGCAGGAUGGAGGAGCAACCUCCUGAUGCAGAGCACGCAUCACCCUUGGUGGGGGUGGGGACUCGGGCCAGCCUACAGGGGUCCCAUCCCCGUUGCCAGUUUGGACAUUUGAAAUUACCUGUUGCUGCUACUUUUUCUUUCCUCUGGUGCUGGGACAAGGGAGAUCCAGGCCCUGUCCUCCCAGCACCCUCUCUGGUGGCCUGGGCGUGCACACAGCACUGACGCCCCCACCUUCACUUCAGGUGGCCUUGGGCCCACCCUGCUCCACUGUUACACACACACCCAGGGCCCUUGGCCCCUAUUUAUUCACUGAUGUAACCGCAUCUUGGCGUUACUGGGGACUGGAAUUGUACCUCCCCUGUCCCCUAGCCUCUGUCCCAGCAUCCUGGGACCAGCUUCGGCGAGUGACCCAGCCCGUCUCUGGUGGAGGGUUGAGCAGCUCCCCCAGGCUCCAGACCUGCUGUGGGUUCAACCUCAACUGCACUCCUGGGGCGAAAUCCAGCGCCGCUGCCUUUGUCCCCUGGUGGAGAUGGGAAACGGCCCAUUGCUUCCCUCCCUGCUGUCAGCACGGGGAUUUGGAGGCUGCCACCAUCUCCUGCAUGGUCGCUGGUCUCCCCAGUGCCCCCCACUCGGCUAGUGAGUACGGGGGAGGAUACGGGUUCUUUCUUCUGACAGGGAGUGAGGGCCUCCACUGUCCCUUCCUUUAUCCCUUUUCCCUCGGACAGGUGUCCUUGAAGUCCCUUCCCACCUCUUGUGCCACUGUCUGCUUAGCCCAGCUCAGGGUGGGUAGGGACGAGAUGAAAGCCGGGGGAGGUGAGUGUAGACGGCAGCCCUUCCUCACAUCUGACUCGGGCUCUGCCCGGCUCGAGGCAGCUGCUGGGAGGCUGCAGGAAGAGCUGAGGAAGGUAUGUGCGAUUUGUCAGAAGUGAUUUGCUUGGAAGUUGGCCAGUCGGGGAUGACUGGCGGGAAAGAGUAGCUUCUGCCAUCAGCAUUUGGAGUGCAGGCUAUUUGGGGUGCCCCACCCUGGGGCUGGUUCAGGCCUUUGAUGAGUCUUCAUUGAUUUUUGUCUGUUUUCAGAUUUUUCUUCGCUUUCUGUGUUUCUCUAUUGGCUUUUGAUAUUAUAAAAGCAGUGAAUCCCCUUUACAAGAAAAUCAAAAGCACACAAAAAGAUGUAGUAUGUUGAUCCCCCUGACUGUCCCUCUGAGGGGUGAGCACUGUGACCACUCAGCACUCCCUCUGAAGGUGCUGAGUGGACAGACAGCACUCACACUGUCACCUCCGCUGGCGCCCAGCCGGAGGUAGGCUGUAUAGGAAUGGCUUUGCACCCGGACUGUGCUAAAAUGCCCCGUUCUCAAGUGUUUCCUACUUUUUCACCGUAAAAAACAUGGAACAGAUAUUGUUCGGCAAAAAUAGACAUUUAAAACAAUUAGUAAAAUCUCUCAAUCUCUCUACAUUCUCAAAAACAAGCAAAGGUGUGUUAAGACUCUUCAGAGCUUGCAAAAUACCUGCAGGUGCACCAGAAUUGGUCCCCCACAAAACAGCCUGCUGUCCGGAAGGUUCAUGCGCCCUAACCCAGCCCACCCCAAACCAGUCGUUCUUGACAGUAACUAUGGACACAUAAGUGCAGCUUCAGACAGGAAGUGCACUGGGCCUGCCCCUGCUGAGGGGCAGGGGGCUGGAGGGUCCUGGGAGGCCUCAGUUGCCCUUCCAUUUGGGAUACUCGGCUUGGCAGGGGCAGAGGAAAGGCUGAGAAGGGUUCCUGUGAGGGAGGAGAGAAGGAUCAUUUGCCCUGCUGGGUCUCAAGGUAACAAUAAGGGGAAUGAAGAAAGCUCUUGACUGGCUGGCUGAAGGCUUCCAGUGUUGAAAGCCACCCGUCUGUCCUCUGUGUGUCCCGCUGUGAGUUUGUGUGUAGGUUUUAUAGACGUAGCAUUAGAUGGGUGGUGUCUUCACACUUACCAUUCCUAACUAGUAUAACUUGACAUUCAAAAGACAGAACCCCACAGCAUUUUCCCUGCCCUGGGCUUGCAGACUGAAGCACUUUCGAUGUUGGGCGCUGGCGUUUGUGUUCUGGGCACCGCCCCGACCCUGCCCAGAUUGCUAUGAUAUUAUUUUAUACACAACUUUUUUUCAUAAAUGUUAUAAUUUUGUGUCUGUCUUUAUAAACUAUUAUAAGUACUAUUUUUGUUAUAAUUCAAAAUAGAUAUUUAGUAUAAAGUUUUUGCUGUUAAAUAUUUGUUAUUUAGUAAAAUAUGAAUUUUUCUCUAUUGUAAACAUGGUUCAAAAUAUUAAUAUGUUUUUAUCACAGUUGUUUUAAUAUUGAAAAAGCACUCGUGUGUUUUGUUUUGAUAUGAAACUGGUGCCGUGUGAGUGUUUCUGCUGUCGUGUGGUCUUAAUCUGUAUAUAAUAUUCCAUGUUGCAUAUUAAAAAUGAAUGUUGUGCAUUUGUGAUUUUGAAAGUACUCGA